UUUUACGCCGGUAGACUUUACAUUGAAGAAUCAAUUCAAUAUAUUUUGAUUGACCUGCACAAUGGUAUUAACAGGGAAAUUACGCGAUUGGAUUUAGGAUUUACUCUGUAAACAGGAUCUGCUACUAACCUAGCUCAAUUCCAAAGACUAACAAAUUCUUAUGAUAAGCGAUGAGAUCAUUUCCUCUGACAAAAUACAGUGCUCCUGUGUAAGCGUAAACGCGCUAUCAGCAAAAACAAUAAAAUGCGACUACGAGGCUGGCGACAUUAUAACCGCUUUAAAAAUAAGUGAGCUGAAUUGCACCUUUUCAACUACGAGUAACGAGUGCCUUUAUAAUACUGAAUUAGUGAAUUUAGACCGUGUCGGUAUAUCGUUCAUAGUGGUUGUGGUUCUCUGGUGCCGUUUGGUUACGGACGUAUAUUCAAUCUUCUGUAAAAAUGGCGUAUAUAUUCAAAACGUGGAAUGUAAGGCGUACAGCAAAAAAAGUCGUUUUCCUGAACGAAUCUACAUCAGAAUUGUGCAAAACACUCAUUGUUGAAGCUUCCAAAAAACUUAAUAUUAACGGAGUACGCUUAGUUUUGGAAUCUGAUGGGACCGAAAUAGAUGACGACGAAGUUGUAAAAAUACUUCAUAAGGAAAUUUUUCUUGUGCUAGAGGAAACUGAAGAAUGGAGUAGAGCAGCGGAUGACACGCAUCUGAGUAUGCAUUCGCAUGAUUCCGCUUCAUCUGCAUUAACUGUGGAAAACCUAUCUGAAUUUGAUACUGACAGUGGUAGCACAAGGGCAUCCACGCCAAGCUCUUGUAGUAGUCGUACAAUAAGUGAAAAUACGUGGCUGUCAUUCAAAAUUCCAUACGAAAAGAUGAGUUCUACAGCAAUGAAGAAUUUUGAAAAUGGUGUACGUUGUCGUCAGUCAAUAAAAGACAUGAUACAUUUGGUUACUGACGAAAUGCUCGAAGUGGCCGAAGGCUUUGUUCCCAACACAGCAUGCAAAAUUAUUGCAAGAAAACUCGUAGAUAAAUUCCCUAAAAUUUUUCAAGAUAGAGACGACGAUGGCACUGUGAUCGGAGACGGCGCAAUUACAACAUACAAUCAGGUGAAAGAAAGAAUUAAGUACGUAACAGCUUCAAGAAAACGACUACAGCGACCGAAAAAUAACCCAAUUCCCGUCAACAAAAGAAGAAAAAUGAUGAACUUGAAAUCUGGAUGUGUAAGUUGGCAACCAGAAAUACAAAAUAAUUUGACCAACGAUGACAUGGAAAAUUACCUUAGAACAGCCGAUUUUGAAACUUUUGACGAGAUAACACAAGACAUGAUGAACAAAUCGUAUCCUAAGCAACGUUUAUUUUUAAAUAGUUUACCACCACCAUCACUGCAGAGUAUUAAAGAAACAUGGCCGAUCUUAUUAUGCAAAAAUGGAAUAUAUUUUCAUUACCAAAAACUAAUGGGCCAUAGCAUUAAUAAUUUAACAGACACUUUAAUUGCAAAAUCUAACAAGUUUUUUACUUUUGGACUGAAUAAGAAAUGGAUUAAGGAAAUUCCCGUUGAUAGGGAAGAGGAUGAAGUAAUUGUGACCGUCUUGCAGAUUAUCGUGAAAUACUUUCAGGAAACUUUAACAGUUUUAUACUGCAAUAUUGGUGACGAAUCUGAUAUUGAGUCUACGACGACAAACGCUCCUGCUAUUGCAUGUUUACAGAGUGGUUAG